AGUUCAUCUUCGCAUGAAAAGGCGUGUAGCUGUGGUGAUGCAGUCUUACGGCACUCCACUGCACUUCUCUCACACCCUAUUCGUGUUCCGCGGAGAAGAAAGGACAACGAAGACCUUCCGUUUGUUUUUUGAUAGUCUUGUUGUAUUGUAGGACCUGCUGCUCCCAGCAUGCGGGCUCCUCUUCUCACCUCAGCGCCUCCACGACGGCUGUGUCGAAGGCAUUCGUUAGCUUCCUGCACGCACAGCGGCGCACACGACCAGCCAUUCCCAUUACCACGCCGCUCCUUCAGCUCGUGGUUUGAGGAGUCGGCGAAUGGGCACGGCAACUCCGACGAGACGGCAGUGGCCGCCUUCGCCAUCAACGCCGAUCGGUUGGAAAAGAACAAGACGAUAAUUAAUAAAAAAGCAUUCGGCAUUCCCUUUCGCAUCUCAGACGCGGAGGCGGUCGACAACGUCUGCAGGCACCACAGCACGGCGGUGGAGAUCCACAAAGUGGAGCGUUUCCUCAUGCCAUUCUGGCUCACGCAAACGUCUGCCGGCGGCACCUUCAAGGCGGAAUUGCUUCAGCACGACAAGACCUACCUGACGCACCCGCACAACUUUGUCUGGCUGGAGGGCCCGCGGUAUGAGUUUAGCUACCCGUUCGGCGAGUUUAUGCCGGUGAACCAAGUCUCCGCCUCUUAUCGCGAGCCCAUCAGUGUCGUGGAGCAAUGUCUUGCCGGGACACACGUGCCCUCGAUGCUCAUCUCCCGCUUUGAGCUCCUGCACGAAGUGGAGAAGAUGCCACACAAACCCAUCGUUGUGCCCUUCACGAUGUCCACAAUCACCGCCCUCUCCGUGGUGGAGCGGCGCGUGAACCGCCGACUUGUGAUGGACCGCAUCGACCGCGAGCUGCGCAAGUUCCACGGGUCGUUUCUUAAGAGCAACAUCACGGUGACCAGCAUGCACAUGGAGGCGUUGGGCAUUCGACCCGUUUUUCUGCCGCUGUUUAAGCUGGUGGUGUCGACGGUCUCGCACAGCACCCCCGUCCCCGCUUUUCUCUGCGGGGCCACCGGAAAAGUUGUCGGCCCAGUCCUGCACAUCCGCCGACGGAAGCGGCUGGGCGUGGCCGCCUCUGCCGCCAUCGGCACGCUGCUGAGUCUAGCGCCGCUGGUGGAGCCGGGCGUUGCAACCGCGGCGGCGCUCACCGCCGGAGUUUCCUCCAGCUUUGUGCUGCAGACCCUCUCGCGCGUUCGUUUCCUGCAGAGCCAGAUGCGGCUGAUGGCGCAGCUAAAGUCCGUCGGGGUGCUGAACCUCGUGGCCGACAACGCUGGCUACCGCUGGACCCCCGAAGAGGAGGAGAAGGAGGAGUACGAGUAUCGCGAGGAACUGCGCCGUCAGGCACGCGCGAAGGACACGUUUGAGCAGCGCGUGAAGGAGGAGACGGCGCGCGAUCGGGCACGAGCACGCGGCCAUCAAUUCGACCCCAAGAACCGUCGGCGCACCGACCUCAUCGACGCUGAUCCGCUCGGCUAUUACGACCUGUUAGGCCUGAAGGGGAAGGAGUUCGCUGCAACGCCGAAGGAAAUCACGAAGGCGUUCCGAGAAGCGGUGCGGCUGCACCACCCUGAUGUGCAUCCCGAGGCGGAAGCCGAGACAAAGAAGAAGCACAUACAGCGCAUCAUCGAGGCCUACAAGAUUCUGCACGAUCCCAAAACGAAGAAGUCGUACGACAGCGGUGAGAUGAACGCCAAGAUGCAGGAGUCUGCGUGA